UUGUCCUUAUUUACAGAAAAAACAUUGUGUCUUAUUUGUGUGUAUUUAUUGAUUGUAAACUCCCAGAAACAGUAGAAACCUUCACUGGAAUCUGCUUCUAGUUACAGUGGUCUAUUUUUCCAUAACAGCUCUGAACUAAAAAAAGAAAAGAUGUUCAGGAAACUGGACCAGGAAACAGCGGCAGAGUGAGCCCUCCUCUUUUUCUCCUGCUCUCUGGUUCCCAUCAGGACUCCUGUUAGUCACAUGACAGAGCUGGGAAAACCUCCUGACUCCCCGCUCCUCCUCUCCUCCCCCUCGCCCCCGUCAGUCGCCUGUUUUCUCGCCGUCCGUCGGUGCGUGUGUGUCGGUUAGCUUUCAUCACAAUCCACCGCAGGAACAUGGCGGACACAGCCAGGGACCCUCCACCGGAGCACACCGACUUCGAGGAGCUGGAGGACGCGGAGGACCUGUUCCCGGAGCCGGCCGCUACACUGGAGUCAGAACCAGCCAGUUUACCUGCUGAAGACAUCAGCACCAACUCAAAUGGGCCCAAACAAGAUUUACUAUUUGAUGACGACCCGGAGGACCUGUUCGCAGAGGCCACAGAGGAGGUGUCGUUGGACAGUCCAGAGAGAGACGUCCUGCUGUCGGACGGCCCGUCCCCCGCCAUCACCCCCAUCACCCCUCCCACCUCCGUCAUCACCCCUUGCAUCGGCCACGCCCACGACGACAUGUUCACACACUCCUCCUUCGACGAGAUCGAAGACGAGGAGGGCGGAGAUUCGUUCGACAUGCACAUAUCGGUGUCCGACCCUGAGAAAGUCGGUGAUGGGAUGAAUGCGUACAUGGCCUACAAAGUGACGACCAAGACCUCCAUGUCUCUGUUCAAGCGUAACGAGUUUUCGGUAAAAAGGCGUUUCAGUGACUUCCUGGGUCUGCACAGUAAACUAGCCUCCAAGUACCUGCACAUAGGCUACAUCGUCCCGCCUGCACCGGAGAAAAGCAUUGUGGGGAUGACCAAGGUGAAGGUGGGGAAGGAGGACCAGUCGUCCAACGAGUUCGUGGAGAAGAGGAGGUCGGCGCUGGAGAGGUAUCUGAUGAGGACAGUGAAGCAUCCCGUCCUGCUGAAGGAUCCCGACGUCCUGCAGUUUCUGGAGAGCUCAGAUUUGCCGCGGGCAGUCAGCACUCAGGCUCUGAGCAGCGCCGGACUUCUGCGAAUGGUCAACAAGGCCGCGGACGCCGUCAACAAGAUGACCAUCAAGAUGAACGAGUCCGAUGCCUGGUUCGAGGAGAAGCAGCAGCACUUUGAGAACCUGGAUGUUCAGCUGAGGAAGCUUCACGGCAGCGUGGAGUCUCUGGUCUGUCACAGGAAAGAGCUGUCUGUGAACACGGCGCAGUUUGCCAAGUCGGCGGCCAUGUUGGGGAACAGCGAGGAUCACACGGCUCUGUCCCGCGCUCUGUCGCAGCUCGCAGAGGUGGAGGAGAAGAUCGACCAGCUGCACCAGGACCAGGCCAACGCAGACUUCUACCUCUUCUCUGAGUUACUGGGCGACUACGUCCGCCUCAUCACCGCCGUCAAGGGUGUGUUUGACCACCGUAUGAAGACGUGGCAGAAGUGGCAGGACAGUCAGAUGCUGCUGCAGAAGAAACGAGAAGCUGAAGCCAAACUGCAGUUCACCAACAAACCGGACAAACUGCAGCAGGCGAAGGACGAGAUCAAAGAGCUGGAGGGGAAAGUCCAGCAGGGAGAGAGAGACUUUGAACAAAUCUCCAAAACCAUCCGUAAAGAAGUCAGCAGGUUUGAGAAAGAACGAGUGAAGGAUUUUAAAACAAUCAUCAUCAAAUACCUGGAGUCACUGGUUCAGACACAACAGCAGCUGAUAAAGUACUGGGAGGCCUUCUUACCUGAGGCGAAGGCCAUCUCAUAGAGCCCACACACACACAACAGACAGUCCUGACUGGCUCCGGUCAAACUACACUACCCAUAAUGCACCUGUCCUCCUGGGUCUCCCUCCUCCUGUUUGUGCCCAGAGUGAAGAAGAGAAGUGAGGCAGCGAACCAGCUCCAAGUGACAUUUCUGCAGUUAAAAAAAAACAAAAAACUCUUUCAAUUUUACAGUUCACCCUCUUUUACUCCUCUUUUUCUUUGUGCUGAACUGUGCUGCGUUCAAGUCCCGUCAGAGUAAUCGUUGUCAGGAACGACUCAGACUGAUGCAUUCACAGUAAUAACAUUAACAAAAAUAUCUCACUCACACUGUUUCCGUCACGUUGAUGUCAGAAUUCAGUAAGUUUGAGAAAGAGCUCAAAUUUUCAUGAUCUGGAACCUGCAGUUUGAACGCAGCACGGGAUCUGAGCCCGGUGACGGCAGAAUCUAAUGUGGUGUCAUGUUUUACAGUCGGAGCACUUUGUUCAUUCACCUGAUCCCCAGACGAGGGGGGGGGGGGGGGUCUCGCUCUCUACGUUUAAUAUUUGACGUCUUUUUUUAAGACUCUCAACAAAGACAGAUAUCCACACUCUAACGUAAAGAUCUUUUUUCCCCCCAUCAGUUCUCUGGACGUAUGGAAGCUCAUUCCCGCCAAUUAAAAAGAAAAAGACGAAGAAUAUAAAUUGUCAAAAUGAAUUAAAACAUUUUCUGUGUGCAGCAUUUUUUCCGUAAAUCUGCAGUUGCCACAUAAUUAAAAAUUCAUACUUAAGCUUCACUUAGUAACUUUUUUCCCUGUUUUUGACUGAAUCCAACUGCCUUCUUCCUGAUAAAACUCAGGCGUUUCAUGAAGCUAAGUGACGUGACAACAGGCGGUCGGAUAUGUAGAGAGACUUUUAGAAAGGUCGCGAUUACACCUGCAGUUUUACUGAUGAAGUUUGUGGGAUACGGUCAAAAACUCGAAAAAAGUGAAUAAGUGCAACCUUUGAUUUAGAUUAUUUUAGUAUCAAUAUGAGAAACAUUAUUAUAAAUCCCCCUUUUCAGCAUUUGUAGGCAGAUUAUUAACGACUAAUAAAUGGUUUAUAACGCACUGUAACAUUGUUGUAAGCAGAUCUAAGUGAUUAAAUACUGAAUGAUAAUUUAGUCAAACUCAUUAUAUCUGCUUCAAACUACAUUAUAGUGUGUUAUAAACUAUUUAUUAAAUGUUUGUAAGCUUAUAAAAAACUUCUGAUUUCUUCUGGUUUUCCUGGUGUGAAAUGGCUUGAAUACUUUGUCCUUAAAUACUACAUUACCCAUGAGCAUCGGCGGCAGCUGCUCUGGAGACAUUUAAAGUCAAAUCAGAAAAAUCCAAAAGUGAACUGAUUGUAAAUUAAAUAACUUCAGCUGCACGGCAACAGAGUCUGUAGCUCUCUGACUGGAUGUUUUUUUUUGCAGCAGUGCUCUCUGGGAAUUGUAGUUGACUUCUCUCCUAACGGUCUUGUACAUUUGACUUUUUUUUUUUUUUUUUUCACCUCAGUGUUUGAAACCAAGAAUGUGAAAAUGAACUUUUACUACAGGAACCCUGAACGCCACGUGUCUGCUUCAUCAGCUGUUUAAUAUAAUAAUAACCCAAAAACCAUAUCCAGCACUACCAGUUGUUUUCACUGGGGAAUGUAACAGUGCUAACAGCUGUUCUCGUAACCACGGCAACUUCUCUCCACUAAAACGAACCUCUACAUCGGAGAAUCUGUGCUUUUACUUUAGAGUUUGGAAGCUGUGAAACUGACCUGGAGUCAGUGAUGAAGGACGACUGACUGACUGACUGCAUCCUCUCUUAUCGUGUCUUGUACUUCCUGUCACCUGUUCGGUCCUCUCGCUUCCCCCCUUGUUCCUUUCAAAACAAGAGCCCUGGGUUGUUUUUGUUGCUGUAUGAUCGUGAGUGAAGGCAACAUUUUCUCUGUUCGUUUCUGCUCCUCUUUGAGUCGACGAAGGCGGAGGAGGAAGAAACUCACUCUGUGGUUCAGUUCAACGCUGCUGACUGAUGAACAUUCACACACCUAGACAAACCUAUUUUACCUGAAGAAGCUUGAUUAAUACCCACAGUUAAUUACGUAUCUUGGGAUGGUUAAUUUCCCUGGAUGCACUGCCCCCAUUUUCCCUUUCUUUCAUCUGUAUUCUGGUAACUCUUGUUAAACAGCCUGUAGUUAGACCCUGUGUCACGUCACUUGAAUGCCAUUAACUGUCUCUCCAACCCAGUUAACAAAUCAAAACCAUCAUAUUGGUGUUUACAAGUCCAACAGUCAAUCAGGAAGCUCAGAUAAUAAAAUAAAGUUUAGGGCUUUGAACCAGCGAGACGAUAUAUAAAUAAGUUCUGAUGCGAUUUUCCUCCUGCCAAGUUUCUCUUAUAUCAUCAUAACCUACUGAAUGAGGCUGACGGGCUGAACUAUUCAAUUAAUAAACAUGAUAAUAAUUGACUUUCUACCUGCUGUAAAUAUCUUCCCACAGUCAGUCAGUGUGUGCAUGUUUAGGAAGAGAAGCAUCGCAUGUUGUUGGUCGAGUCAGUGUGAACCUCUCUGUGUUGAAGGGUUUCACUGAGCUGAGAGUCAGAGCUAUAAAACACUUCAGUGAUGCUGGAGUCACUACAGGUGCAUGUCGACCUCCAUGAACAAACAACAUUUCCUCAUGAUGUUAAUAGAAAUCAUGUUCUCUCUAAAAUAUACUAUAAAUUGGUUGCAUAUAAAUAUAAUUUCCAGGAGACAGAGUUGCUCACUGACGACUUUGCGCUGGAAGAAUCGGACCAAAACUAAAAAGGGGUAAAAAAGUUAAAUGAUCUCUUUCGUUAAAAACAAAGAGACAGAUUGACUGAGCAGCAGUUCAGAGCUGAAAACCUGCAGAGUGAACUGAACCUCGUGGUUUUCUUCCUAACGCUCAGGUUGGCCCCAAAGAGGAGACUUUAACAGGAAGUGAAGAACUGAAACGACGUGCUAGCGCUGUUAGCGUUUUCAGUUUUGGCAGCUUUCGACGCUGAAGAGUUGUUUUCACUGCAGAUGAAGGAUUUUAUUUUGAAGGAGACUGAAGUGAAGCUAAAGAAGAGUAGUGUUAGGUUUGGUGGAAGUGUGUGUGUGUGUGUGUGUGUGUGUGUGUGUGUGUGUGUGUGUGUGUCAGGUGACAGUGUGUGUGUCCGUCCAGAGAGCAGCUGCAGACUGAGGAUUAUCUUUACCGGCUGUUUCUCUCCCGUUGAUCCGUGUGAGGGCUGUAAAUUCUACAGAAUCUUUCCUUGAUUUUAUUCAGUUGAAUUCAAAGCUGAUUUAAUCAUCAGAAUAAAAUCCAACAACCUGAAUCGAACAGAAGCUACAAAUCUGACAUUUUUCAUCUCAUAUUAAAUUUGAUUAAAACUGGAAGUUUGGAUUUAAUUUGUAUUAUUUUUUGUGCUCAGCCCUCAUCCCCACUGCUCCUCAAUCUUAAAUCAUAUAACACUGUGUCGAUUGCUACCUUUUUGUAUUUUAUUCCAUGUUUUAUUCCUCAUUAUUUGCCGCCUAAUGGUGUGCGAAGUUUUCAGUUGAUUGUUUUUUUUUUUACUUUCACAAAUGAUGAAACGCUUUAACUGAGCAGAUUUUUUUAAAGCUCUUUUGGUUUGGCGUGACAUUCCGCGGCAGAGCAGAUGUUUGAGUACUUUAAUUAUAAUAAAGGAAUGUAUCUCA